CUCCACCCCCCCCUUUUUUUCUAAUCUCCCCUCCGCCCGUCAACAAUGGCCUCCAGACCUGCUGCCAGAGCCCUGCGCUCUUCCUUCUCCCGCAGCCUGGCGUCUUCUGCCUCAAAGGCCUCCCGCCGUACCUUCAUCUCCGCCACCAAUGCCCGCCCUGCCCUCGCCGCCAAAGCUGCUCCCAUUGCUGCCCCCUUCGCCCAGCAGGCCCGUGGCAUAAAGACAAUCGACUUUGCUGGCACAAAGGAAACCGUCUACGAGCGUGAGGAUUGGCCCGGAGAGAAGCUCUUGGACUACUUCAAAAAUGAUACCCUCGCCCUCAUCGGCUACGGCUCCCAGGGCCACGGCCAGGGCCUCAACCUCCGUGACAACGGCCUCAACGUCAUCGUCGGUGUUCGCAAGGAUGGUGCAUCCUGGAAGGAAGCCGUCCAGGAUGGCUGGGUCCCCGGAAAGAACCUCUUCGACGUCAACGAGGCCAUCAACAGGGGCACCAUUGUCAUGAACUUGCUCAGCGACGCCGCCCAGAGCGAGACCUGGCCCGCCAUCAAGCCCCUCUUGACCAAGGGAAAGACCCUCUACUUCUCCCACGGCUUCUCCCCCGUCUUCAAGGAUCUCACCAAGGUUGAUGUCCCCAAAGACAUCGAUGUCAUCCUCGUCGCUCCCAAGGGCUCCGGCCGCACUGUCCGCUCCCUCUUCAAGGAAGGACGUGGCAUCAACUCCUCCGUCGCCGUCUACCAGGACGUCACCGGCAAGGCCAAGGAGAAGGCCGUCGCCCUCGGUGUCGCCGUCGGCAGCGGUUACCUCUACGAGACCACCUUCGAGAAGGAGGUCUACUCCGACCUCUACGGUGAGCGUGGCUGCCUGAUGGGCGGCAUCCACGGCAUGUUCCUCGCCCAGUACGAGGUCCUCCGUGAGCGUGGCCACAGCCCCAGCGAGGCCUUCAACGAGACCGUCGAGGAGGCCACCCAGAGCUUGUACCCAUUGAUCGGUGCCAACGGCAUGGAUUGGAUGUACGCCGCCUGCUCCACUACCGCUCGCCGCGGCGCCAUCGACUGGAGCAGCAAGUUCAAGGAUACCCUCAAGCCUCUCUUCAAUGAGCUGUACGACAGCGUCAAAGACGGAAGCGAGACCAAGCGCUCCCUCGACUACAACUCCCAGCCUGAUUAUCGUGAGAGAUACGAAAAAGAGAUGCAGGACAUCCGUGACUUGGAGAUCUGGAGAGCCGGAAAGGCAGUCAGGUCCCUCCGUCCGGAGAAUCAGAAAUAGGAGCUGUAACAUUAGAUACCUUCCGGUCCAUAGUUUCUUUGGUUCAACCUUUUUUUUUUUUUUUUUUUUUUGCCAAAUAUUUUUUUUUAACGUGUGAUAAUGAGAAAGAGCUAUUAAUUCAUUUUCUUUAAAAGUUUAUGUCUUCAACCUCAUCCUUGCUCUUCUGGAGCUCCUUGGAUCCCUGCUUUCACGUUUUAUUCCUCGUAUUCGGCCCC